CCUAGCCAGUGUGUGUGUGUCUGUUCCCAAGCCAAUGUGUGUGUUGUCUGUUCCCGAGCCAGUGUGUAUGUCUACGGUAAAGAUGGCUGCGUCAGAGACUUUUCACGUCACUUCCUCCGAGCCAGUGUCUACAGACAAGAUGCCCGAGUCAGAGACUGUUCACGUCACUUCUGCCGAGCCAGAGACGCAAGAUGGCUGAUCCAGAGCCAGAGUCCUGUUCCUGAGCCAGAGUCUGUUCCUGUUCCCGAGUCUGUUCCUUUUCCCGUUCCCGAGCCAGUGUGUGUUGUCUUUGGGGUGGCAGCUCCUGUCUGUUUGGGUGUUUUUUAUUCACAAGAUUGGAUAGCAACUAAAUGAUGCGCAUCAGAGGGGAUUUAGAUGUGGGUAUACGCAAAGUUGACUGAAAAAGAAGUGGGUAUACUUCGUAUACCUGCGUAUACCCUGCACUACAAUAGUAAUUUCGAUUAGUAAUUAUUAAAAAGCGUAAUUAAAGGAAAGGUGAUGUGACACAGUGGUAAAUGUGCCUCUGUCCCAACUUUUUGGAGUGUGUUGCAGCCAUCAAAAUUAGUUUAGCCUAUAUUUACAAUUAAAAUUCAAUUAGCCAUAAUUUGGUCAGUAAAACCACUAAAAUCUUUUCUUUGUACUUUUGACAGUUAAAUAGAAUUAACAAAUCACAAAUUCUUUGUUAAAAAAGUGCAAGUGUAGUAAAAUGUUGUAUUUGUGUGUAGCUCUGUCGUCCCCCAGCCCUGGAGUGGGCAUACCUCCAUCCAGCAGCAGCUCGGCGGAAGAAGGGAGGGGUUUGAGUCGCGCAGCCGGGAAACUGAGGCUCGAUGCAGCCUCCGCUGAUUCAUGAAGUCAGGCUGUCUCCAGACCGCAAUGGCUAUGGGUCUAACGUCGAAAAAAUCGUCUUCUAGAAACGUCGGCGUGGAGCGCAAGAAUCUAAUCACCGUCUGCAGGUUUUCUGUGAAGACGUUGUUGGAAAAGUACACUGCUGAGCCUAUUGAUGACUCAUCAGAGGAGUUUAUCAACUUUGCAGCAAUUUUGGAGCACAUCCUCAGUCACCGUUUCAAAGGUCCAGGUGGUUGGUUCAGUUCAGAUGGCCAGAGGAGUUUUUGGGACUAUAUCCGCCUGGCCUGCAGUAAAGUCUACAACAACUGCAUCAGUAGCAUUGAGAGCAUUGAGAACAUUAGCACGUCACGAGCAAAGGGGCGAGCCUGGAUUCGUGUUGCUUUGAUGGAGAAGCGUUUGUCGGAAUAUGUAGCCACUGCGUUAAGAGACACUCGGACUACCAGAAGAUUUUAUGAUGAUGGCGCCAUUAUGCUAAGGGAGGAGGCUACUGUUCUGACGGGUAUGCUAAUUGGACUCAGUGCCAUUGACUUUAGUUUCUGCCUGAAAGGAGAGGUUUUGGAUGGAAAGACACCUGCAGUGAUCGACUACACACCUUACCUUAAGUUCACCCAGAGCUAUGACUACUUGAGUGAUGAAGAAGACCGCCGCAGUGUGGACAGCAGUGCCAGCGAUGAGAGUGUAGCUGAGCAUCCUUACAUUCCUCUGGUCACGGACGAAGAGACCUGGAGCAACAAGUGCAGAAAGAUGGAGCAAAGAUUCAAGAUUGUCUAUGCCCAAAAGGGUUAUUUAGAGGAAUUGGUGCGCUUGAGGGAGUCCCAGCUGAAAAAUGUUGAAACGGAGAACAAGAGGCUAGAUGCUAAAUUAGAGGAUCUACAGGUCCAGAGUCAACAAGAGAAGAAAGAACUGGAGGCCAUUAUCCUGGAACUACAAGCACAACUCACUGGCAUCAUUCCUUGCGAGUCCUCUCAUUUAGUAAAAGGCUUAUCUAUACCACUCAUUAACCAAUGGACAACUGCACAAGCCGCCAACAACAAAGGAAACGUAAAGCUGUUCCGUCGAAGUUUUCACAGUUUGGACCUCUCAGCUGAUGUGAGUUUGAACUCUGACUCUCAGAAGGAAGAUGGCCAUCAGAAUGGAGAUAAUGCCUGGUCAGCAGCUAAAGACAACACUCCCUCUAUGCUCGGUCUUUGUGGUUCUUUGGCUUCUCUACCCAGCUGCAAGUCUCUGGCAAGUCUCAAAUCCAGCGAGUAUUUGGUCAACAUCAGCAGAGAGCCAAGUCCUGCCCUGUCUCCCAGCUAGGGUGCGCCAAAGUACAACCAACAAAACACUCUCUGUCUCAACUGUACUUUCCCGAAGAGACAUCACAUUAUUGUGCAACCAACAUCCUCCAACGUUCCCAAGGAUCUGAAACACAACAGUGUGGAUUGAUUGUGUUUUAUGGGUGAAGAAGGUGUUUAAUCUGAAUUUGGUAUUUGUGAAGUGUAAGAUCCAAUCUUAAAAAUCCAUGAAUGGCGAACCCUCCUGCACCUUCUAACUUUCCAAUUUAUUAUUCACUCUUAUCUUCCACCCUCCAGUAAACUCUUCAUCAGAAUGUUUGAAUGUCUGUAACAUUCAUGCAAAUAUUAGAGCCCAAGGGCACAGCACCAAAGGCAUAAAUAAAUCAAAGUGAUCCUAAAAACUCAAGACUUGGCAGUUACUCAUUAUACAUGUUAACCACAGCCAAAUCUCUGAUUUAGACAUUAUUACCUCCUUCCUAUACUUAUCAACUUUGAACAAAAGAUACAAGGAAAUAAAAGAGAGAGACCAAGGGAGUGAGGAGGCAGAAUCUGAUGCCUCUAUCUGCAUGUGAAAUGCGCUUUAUUGAGGCUGUAAGUGCAUUGGCUUACUCAUUGUAUUUGUGCCUUUGACAGUUAUAUAAUGUGACAGCAAGCAUUUCAAGUGUUGUCAGCUAAGUUCAAAUAUUUGGUAAUAUUUAUCUUAUUGGUGUGUCGUCGU